UACCAAUCCAGCCAUCUCGCCUGAUAUUCCCCAUUUGUUCCUCGUUGCCUCCAAGUUUCAACCACCUUCAUCACCAACACUUACGAAUACAUCACCAAACAAUCAACUUGCAUCACCGCGUCUUCCAACGGCAUUCGCCCGACCUUUCCCCCACCGCGAUCCUUGCACAUACCUAUUGGUCUUUGGCUCGGCUGCGCAUCUCCUCCCUCUGUCCAACCAUCGCGUCUGGCCCAUCACAUCCCACCUCAUCCCACUCUUCUCACCUGCAAGGGUCUGCGGUCUCCCACAUCUUGUCACUCGCUUUGCUGCCCAUUGGCGAAUAAUUCAACCUUGGAAUUGCUGCCUUUUGGCUCCCCGCGUGCCUGCAGUUGGUCUUGUCACAUCCAUACAGUUCCACACCCUUAACCCCCCUGCAGCUACCCUCGUCACUUUUGUUCCGUUGCAUCAGACGCCCUUCCCCUUCCUUCUCCUGCGUGUGCGUAUUCCCGUCACCCAAGGUCCCCUUUGCGCCGCCAGCCGUGUGUGUCUCUUUCUUCUUCCGACUCGCGGCCGAUCAUUUGCAGUAGAGAGAGAGGGCGCAGAAAGAAAUGUGCUACCUGCUCCGUCAUCCUCGCCAUUCUUCAUUUCCACUCAUACGAACUGCCAUCGCCAGAUUCUCUGUGCGAGGGUCACCAAAACUACUAUCACCACUAUCAUCAGUCAUCUCGACCAAGAAACGAACCCCGUCGUCAUCUUUGCAUCGCUAAACUUCAUUGGCCAACUGAACACCCCCGAGAUAGCCCUGUCGAUCGGUCGCUAUCUGCUCCCUGGACCUCUCAAGGGUCUCUUUUCGGAGCGAGGUACUCUAGGUGUCUAGCUGCUUUUCCACCAUUAUCGACCAGGCCGCCUAUCGUUUCUUAGACGCCGCCAACAUCGUUGUCCAUCGCAACACCAGCAUUGCUCACGAACACGACAUUGACGGUGGCAAUCGACUAAAGACCAUUCCAUCUAGUUGCCGACAAUCAUCAACAUCAUCUUAACCACCAUCGACAUUCACUACUUCAGCUCAGCUCCAGAUACCCAGUAUUCCUUUCUUUGCCCUGCGUUCCCAGCCUCUGUCGCCAGCUUGUCUGGGUUCCUGCGACUAGGACCCUCCGUUUGUCCCACCAAGCACCACGCAAUCGAGACAUUCCAGUAUCGCUGCCUCUCGUCAAUUGAGACAUUCCUGCGGCAUCGCGAUACCUAGACAUUUGCCCUGCGGCGGUACAACGCCUGCGACACGGCCCAACCUCCAACGCUGGACCCAACUGCCGAUCCGACGUUGUGGGAGAGAAAAGACCCGACUCGAGAGUUCGCCCGCUUGCCCUGCCUGUCCACGUUUCCAUCGGUUCAUGGCGAGCCAUCCGACGUAACGCAAACCUCCUGUCUAGACAGCCUGUCGGUUCUCCCUCUCAGUACCUACUCCGUAUCACCCAGGGAGAAAGAGUAUUGCACGGCACUUCCACCACAUGCCGCCAUCAGCAGUCGCGUAGGCCCAAAGCUGCGGAAACCAGGUCUCGGCCUGUUCUCUUGCAAUAGCAGCUCUCUUAUACCUUCAAAGCGCAUCCACAGCCACGACUCGACGGCUUUGCUACCACUGCAGUUUUCCUCUCGCUGCCGCGCCGUGCCCAGGCAUUCCUCUCCUGAUUAUUCAAUUACCAAGGACGUCGAUUGCCCUUCCCGUACUCGUCCCCCCUUCAGCUGCGUUAGCUCGACGCAACUGCCAUUCGCGCUUCUGCACCUCGAACAGGCAUCAUCCUGAUCCUCGACGUCUUGCUGUCGCCCAAUUCGGUCACUCACCACUCCAAUCCGACUGCCGGCGUGAUCCUUUGGGCCAAAGAGCCGUCUGAUAAUACGAAUUUCUAGGUCGACUUGCAUAUGAGCGAUUGUUCUCGUGCAAUCGGAUCAAGCACAAGACGCCGUAGUUUCUUUUCCCUAGCCACGAUGGACAGUCUUGCGCGGACUCAAUCGCGCGACCGCGAGAGGUCACUACCCUCUCCGGUCUACCCACGUCCAACUUCGAGAUCAAGUACAAGUACCAGUGCGACCCGACGGACCCCUCGAAGCGCAAACAGUUCGACUUCACAGUUUGUUACCUCGCCGAGACAACCCAGUGCUCAUCCUGCCCACAAGUUCCAUCAUAGCUCUUGCACCCCGUCGAUGGUGACCUCUCGGCCCGGAUCUGCUGUGUCAAGAGACCGAGUCUCUGACUCUGGAAGGCAGAGCGCCGCAUCCACCUAUCUCCAGGACAAACUCCAGAGGAGAAGAGAGGAGGCCGACAGGUUGGCCGCAGUACGCUCAACGCAAGACAUGGCCGCCUCCGUAGAAUUACCAUCACGACAUGCGCAAAGCUCACCCGUGAAAGGCGAAUCCGUUGAUGGACGUCGGCCAAGAUCAAGUGGAGGCAAUGGAGAGUCUACAAAGAGUAAAGGCAUGGGCGCCAAGGAGAUGGAGGCAACUGUUUCCACCUUGCACAAGCAAAACUUUGACCUGAAGCUCGAGCUUUUUCACCGCCGCGAACGACAAAAUGCGCUCGAAGAGCGUGUCGACGCCCUCGAGUCCGAGAAAGCACAGAUAGACGAUGUGAACGACAAGCUACUCGACGAGUUGGAGAAGCGAGACAAGGCUGUGCAGGAGGCGGUCCAGAUGAUAGUGACUCUUGAGGCGCAGGUCGAGACGCUAUUAAAGGAGCGGGAAAUGGUCCGAAUGGUCGACGCAGCCGGGUUCCUACCUCAUGACGACCUCGAAUCUCGCCUCAGAAGCCCCACACCCAAGCCUAGAAUAGCGGACCUGGCACGACUUGAAGAUGAUGCUAAGACGCUCAACCGCAUGCCGAGUUUCCUAUCGGACUAUACCGAAAAUACCGAGAACCUACGAAAAGUCUACCUCAGCUCGCGCGGUAGUCUACUCAGCUUACCGAGGCUCAACACGGAGGCAGUGGAUGAGACGGAUCCGCGUCGUGGUAAUGGCAUGACGAGCCCGAGUCUCAGCGUCCUCAGUGAAAGUUCCUUUGUAAGUGUGUAUGGCGAGAAAGAUGAUCAGGAUCGAACAAUUGUGGCCGAUGCAGACGAGCCACAUUCUAUGGAUGGUGCUUUACCACACACUGCGCCACCUCGAAAGGCUUCGUACGGAAGCGACCAGUCUAGGAUACAAAGACCACCGACCACCAUGUCCACACGAUCCAGUCGCCCAAGUAGGUCCAGUUCAACGAGUCGGGCUCCUGGCCCAGGCCAGUUCCAGUCGCUCCACGACAUCAUCGACCACACUUCGCCCCUCCAAAAGCUAGCGAGGCUCGAUCGUACCUAUCUGGAUAGUCUGCCCGCCCAAGACUCUUCCCCGAUAGCAGGAAGAGGGCAGUCCCAGAAGCAGAUUAAGGACGCGAAGCGUGAAGCAUUGCGGAGAGUGACAACAGAUGCGCCAGCUUCACACCCCGGUGAAGGCCUUCCUCCGACACCCGACACCAUUUCCACAUCAACGCUUCGAAGAUUCAAGACGUCAAAUGAUACGCUCUCGAAGCAACGAGCUGUGUCGGAUCAUCAUAGCUAUCGGUCAGUGUCAAGGGGAACGUCCAAGGAUGACGAGGGGGAUCACGGCGGAGGUGCACCGGUAUUUCAACAUCCCCCAUCCUCUGCAUUCACUGGACCCGAAGAGCCAGCCAGUGCCCAUUACUUCGACUCCCGACCGCCUUUGAUCCCUCGCCCCAGGUCGGCAGAUGAAACGACGAUAUCGAAUCAUAGAGAACUCGACUGGGACUCUGAUGGAGAUUCGAUGCACUCCCUCGACUCUAGCCUCGACAUUUGGCUACAGCAAGGCAAGGACCCAAAGUACAUUGCACAGCAGCGGAGUGAGUCUCCGGACCUAUUCAGUUUUCCUCCGUCCGGCGGAUGGAACACAGCUGGCAUGUUCGGUUCUUCUGGUGGUGCAUUUGAGGUCCCAGGUCUCCCUCCGCCGCAACGUAAUGCGGCCGAGGAUGCCCUCUUCCAAGACGGGGUCCAGCCCCUGCCUCCGCCGAAUAGGAGGUCGAGUUUGGGUGCUAAAACAGGCCAGACCUCCUCAAAGAACAUGCCCAUUAACGGCAAACUUCGCAAGUCACCUUCUCGAAGCGGAUCUAGGCGCAACAGCGUUGAUGCGCAAAUGAUCCAGCUGGCAGAGGCAGUGGCCAAUAGCCCGCAGCAUGAUUCAAAAACUGGUACUCGUUCCAAGGACAGUAGCCACUACCCCCCUUCCUCGACUGCCGCGCCCCGUGGGCAUCGGCUGAAUUUCUUCAGACGGUCCAUCGGAGGUAGCACCGCUCCGAGUCCCGUCCAACAUGCGUCACCAGUAGCUGAACCGCCCGCACCAACUGUGACCCAAGCCCCGAUGGGAGUCCCAUCAUGGGUGCAGCGAAAUCACCCGGGCGAGGAAGAUAGGGCCAGCGCGACACCGCCUCCCAUUUUGCGAAACCCUCGUCCGGCUCGUUCUGGCAGCUUUGACGAGGGUGCGCCUGUGUAUGAUCACGGCCCUGCAGCCCCGACAACACCUAUGGCAAACCACGCUCCGAACACGCCGAACGCAAAUGGAACGCCUGCCUCCACAGAAACUAAGCCCACGAGCAACUCUGCGAGUGGUGGCGCACCCUUGCACAAGCGGAAAUGGUUACCUGGCUUUGGUCGAGCGAGCAGUCUACGGAACCGUGCUGGCUGAGGAAUCUGGCAGUCAUCAAGCCAAUCGCCGCCAGGAACUGGUGAGGACACGAGCAGAGCCGGCGGUCCAGGAGAUCUGCCAAUAACGGGAAUCUGGCCCAAUGUAGCAUAUUUGGCCCCUUCGAUGGGCUUGUUGUAAUACCUUUGCCUCAUGCGUCCCCAAAGUGUGGUACGCUAAUGACGCGUUGUACGAUGAGGACGAACCAAGCAGGCCAUGAUCUGGAAUCUCAGUUGAAACCCGCCGAGAGUUUUGGAAUUCGGGAACGGGUGGGACGGCGUUGAAUAGCUACGAGCGGAAAAGCACGGCACUGCACUUCAGUCUAUGGAAGACUGUGCUUUCAG